AUGAAGCUCGGCUUUGCACCUUUGGUGACUGCGGCGGUUGGCGUGUCGGCUCUGCUGGGAGCGACGGCGCAAUGCCCGGACUUCACGACAUAUUCUCAGAGUCCACAGGGGAACCCUUCAGCGGGCCCGUUGGCCUUGCCGUAUAUGAGGCCCGACCCAGCAUGUCGCACGUUCAACAGUACAGCCGUAGAGAAAGUCAUCAGCGACAUGAAAAGUCGUCUCAAGGACCCGGACUUGGCGCGUCUCUUUGAGAACACGUUCCCGAACACCCUAGAUACAACCGUGAAGUACUUCAACGAGACCGAAAACCUGGCAUUCAUCAUUACCGGGGACAUCACUGCUCAAUGGCUGCGCGAUACAGCGAACCAGUUCGCCCAUUACCACACGCUGCUGUCCACAGACAAAGAGCUAGCAACUUUGGUUAAAGCGGUCAUCAACAACGAAGCUCGCUACGUUUCGCAGUACCCGUAUUGCGGUGCUUUCCAGCCGCCACCGGAGAGUGGCCUUGCACCCUCUCACAACGACUGGGCCGAUGGCGUCACGGUUAACCCACCCGUAGAUAACCAGACCGUCUUCGAGUGCAAAUACGAGAUCGAUUCGCUAUGCGGCUUCCUGAAGCUCUCGCGCUCCUACUUCCAAGCUACUAAAGACGCGUCCUUCAUGAACAACAACUGGUUCGCGGCUGUCGACCAAAUCUUCAACGUCAUCUGGGAGCAAUCUCAGUCUAGCUUCGACGAAGACUAUAACCUCGUGUCGUUCUACAACUGGACGGGCGGGAACGGGGCGCUUUCCCCUGCUGUGAACAAUGCUGGAAAUGGCGAACCCAGGCUGUAUUCUGGCCUCGUUGGCACUCAUCACAGGCCCUCAGACGAUCUCAGCACGUUCGCGUUUUUGGUUCCUGCCAACGCUAUGCUGAGUGUGGAGCUCACAAAUCUUGCGGAAGUCCUUGAAGCUACGAAGCAGGCUAAGAACAUCAGCCAGCUCGCACGGAACUACAGCACCACUAUCAAGAACGCUAUUUGGGAGACUACGAUCGUCAACAACAUCUUCGCGUAUGAAACGAAUGGCUUCGGUGGACGCUAUGUCAUGGACGAUGCGAACGUCCCGUCGUUGCUUUCCCUACCUUAUCUUGGGUUCCUCAAUAAAACCCACCCGGCAUACGUGGCGACUCGGAAUCUGCUCCUAUCACGGAAGAAUCCCUAUUUCGCCGCGGGCAAGAACUUCAGCGGAAUUGGCGGCCCGCAUGUCGAUGCGUGGAACCCAUGGCCGAUGUCCCAGAUUUCCGCCAUCUUUGGAACCGACGAUGACGAGGACAUCACGCGGUCGCUGUACCUCAUCGCCAACAACACGCACGGCCUCGGCCUCAUUCAUGAGUCGAUCAGCAUUUACGACGGGUCGUACACCCGCCCCUGGUUCGCUUGGGCCAACAGCUACUUUGCCGAGAUGCUGCUCGACCUCGCGCAGCGCAAGCCGCACCUCAUCUUCAAGGAUGGCAAGCCGUAUACUCCCGGCCAGUGA